CGGGAAGUGACGUCACGCGUCUACCCCGGAAAACGGCCCAAAACAACUGGAGCUUUGGCUUUCUCUGACACUUCGCUGCAGAUUUAUCGACAAGGAUCACAGUGAGCAGAAUGGCCACAGACUGGUUGGGCAGCGUUGUAUCUAUAAACUGUGGGCUGACAUUGGGAGUCUAUCAAGGAGAGGUGUCCUCUGUUGAUCAUGCCAGCCAGACCAUCUCACUGAGGCAGCCCUAUCACAAUGGGGUCAAGUGUCCUGUUCCUGAGGUCACAUUCAGUGCUAUGGAUAUCAAGGAGCUGAAGUUCCUAGAUAUCCAGAAUACAGUCAACAAACCCACUUCUGGUCAGGGAGCUGCAAAAGAACCCAGCUUCACAUCUGCAGGACGCCAUGGCCAGAAUAACAGAACCACUCACCCUCCUGUAACAAGCAGCAGCUCUCAUUCCAGCACAGCUCCAAUCACCAUCCUACGCAGAGCCCCUACAGGUUCCUCUAACAGUAGAGGGAUGACACAAGCCACACCAAAGAAAAACAGUGUGAGGAAUGGAGGUGCUGGAGGGAUGACAAAGUCAAAGGAUGACGAGUGCUUUGGAGACGGCACUGAUGAGGACCUGGACACUGACUUUGACUUUGAGGGAAACUUGGCUCUGUUUGACAAAGCCGCCGUCUUCUCUCAGAUUGAUGGGACCAGUAGCCACAGCAGGCGGGCACAGCAUCACAGCACGCAGGCUGAACAGAAGCCGCUGUCCUACCGCCAUGAUGAGAAUAUUCUGGAGGCGAAGCCGGUCACAUACCGACAGAUAACAGUGCCCCAGCAUGGGGGUAAAGAGUACUGUACUGACUCAGGCCUGGUAGUUCCCAGCGUGCCCUAUGAGUUUCAUAAGCGUCUGCUAGCAACUGCAGAGCACUGGGGCCUAUCUCUUGAGCGCAGACUUGAGACGAUAGGUGUUUGUUCCAGUCAGAUGGCUCUCACGCUGCUAGGUGGACCAAACAGGCUCACCCCAAAAAACGUCCACCAGAGGCCCACUGUGGUUCUCCUGUGUGGGCCCCACCUCCAGGGAGCCCAGGGCAUCAGCUGUGGUAGACACUUGGCCAACCACGAAGUGGAGGUCAUCCUCUUCCUGCCUAAUUUUGUCAAGAUGCAGGAAGCGGUCACCAGUGAGGUCAACCUCUACAGCAGAACCAGUGGCAAGCAAGUGUCCAGCGUCAAAGACCUUCCUGCGAGCCCAGUGGAUCUGCUCAUCAACUGCCUGGACUGCCACGAGAACUCACUGCUGAGAGAACAGCCCUGGUACCAAUCAGCCGCUGACUGGGCCAACCAGAACAGGGCUCCGGUCCUCAGUAUCGAUCCUCCAGUCAGUGAGCAGCAUCAGACUGUUGAGGCGAAGUGGACUCUCUCUUUAGGACUUCCGCUACCUUUAGCUGAGACAGGGAGCAGGGUCUACCUGUGUGACAUUGGCAUCCCCAAGCUUGUGUUCCAGGAAGUUGGAAUCAAAUACCAUUCACCCUUUGGAUGUAAAUUUGUGAUUCCUCUGCACUCAGCAUAACAGAAUAUCCACUCAUUUCUCAUUACACUUAGGUGCACUAUGGGAGGGAAUGGUCUGCUUUUACACAGUGAGUGUAAGGCACCACUGCCGCCAUGUAUGUGGCAACUAUAUGACCAGAACAAACAUUCAGUCACAAAGUUCAUACAACUUCAUGACACGUUUGAGGGCAUCACCUGAAAGACUAAUCUGAGCACGUGCUGUAGAUUUGCCCUCUUACCCGCUGGAAGCUCACGGGGGUUGCCGCACGUUGCGUGCGACACCUCUUGUUUUUGAGAGGGAAAGGUUUCCUGUUCUUUGGUGUGUUUUGAUAAGGGCUCUCUGACUAUGUGAAUAUGUUUACAAAAUGCUGACCACUGUGAGUCUAUCUGUGACCUUUGACCCUAUGACCAGUCAGAGCAGCAGAGACUCAGUUCCUGUUUCCUCCUUUAGAUUACAUGUUGUGUCUGGUCCUGACCUCGUGAACUGGAGCGCGGCUCAGCCUAAAUGUGCCACUCAUGUGCCCCUCAGUUAAUUUCCAUGUUCACUGUCUUUCAGUUUAAUGGAGUUUUUCUUUUUUUUAAACAAACACAAAUGGGUAUGUCCUGUCUGGCAAUGGUUGUAGCAUGUUUCACUGAAAAGGUGGUAAAACAGAAUUUAUAUUUGUAUUUAUUUUGAAAACACCUCAGGAAUAUUGUAUGAAAAUUUUAAUACUUUAUUAUUGCAUUUACAUUGUAUUGGAUGGCACUCUUUCUGCACUGCUGAUUGUUAUGAAUUCAUAACCACAAAAUAAGAAGUGGUAGCAGAAGCCCUGGAGGAUUAAUUUUCUGUAUUUCUGAAGUCCUGCAGAUUAGAGAGGAAUUUGAAGCACACAUUCCAAGGACCAAAAAAAAAAAAAACCCCAUCUUGGACCAGGUUCAUCUCCAGGGAUUAUAGCUAGGUAGGUGCAGUGAAACCUAAUUAUUAAAAAUUUUGACACAUAAGAUUCAGCUAUGUUCAGUGAAAUAACCACUCCAACCAGCUUCCUCUCCUUUGGUCAGCACUGGCUAAGUGUCAAGUUUAUAAGAACAAAUACACAGCCUUAUUUUGAGACUGGCAGCUAUGCCAUGAAAUUAUGCAGCUAGAGCUUCUCAAGAGCUGUCACAUCCUAAAACCUGAGAAUCACAGAACUGUGGUCACAAGUUAUAAAUGGCAGCUUCAAUAGGCUUCACACGUAAUUAAUGUCUACACUUACUGAAUUCUUUCAUUUACUUGACCAAACGGCAGUCUCUGGACUCUUCUGUUUACUAAUAUAUAAUGGAAGGGUGAUCAGUUUUGGUAACUCAAAGGCAAUGACUGUUCUGCCAUAAAUAGUCAGAAGGAACCAAGGAAUUUUGGGCAAAUAGCUGCUCAAGAAAUGUGAGAAUUUUUCUUCUUUAUCUCUUGAGAGCUCACUCAAAACCAGAAACUGCCCAAAACCAGUUGUGAGAAGCUGGUGAAGGGAAGCAGAGUAAAUGAAACUUAACCUGUUGGUGCUUCUACAAAGUUAUAAAUAACAACAAUAAUGUUAAUGGCAUAUUUAGAAUUUGCCUGAGAGUCUGCACUUGGGAUAAAACAGUCUGAAAGAUUGCAGCUUCUUUCCUUGUGCUUUCUCAGAACCUCUGUACUUCUCCACUGCAGGUUGAAAAACAACCUGUGAAUAACAAAUCACGAUUUGAGAAAAUACCAUGCAGGUGUGAUUGUAGCUGAGCCUGUUAAAGAUGGGAAAUGUGAUUUAAAUGUAUCUUUAGCUAUACACGUGAAGCACCAGGCAAAGUGUCUGAAAUUGCAAAAAAAAAAAAAAAAAAAAAAAAAAUCUCAUUGAUAAACAUUCAGCCUGGAUCUUCUGAAAGAAUGCAGAUGCUAGGGUGACAGUGGGUGCUCCUUUAUAUUCAAAUGAAAUAAAAACAAGUCUUUCAAACA